AUGGGGGGUAAAUUUGAAGUAGGUUGUCCCCACAAGUGUGACUGUGAGUGGAAUAUCAAAAGAGGGAAGUUUGUGCACUGUCACUGUCCUAAGGACCAUCUUAGGUGUUUGUUUAAAGUCAGAGCUGUGAAGUCGUUGAUGUCAGACCAAUACCAACUUAGGGAGUGUCAAUUGAAGCAUGACUGUGGUUUCUAUCACCACAGUAAUAAGAUCACAUCUGCAUACCUAGCUGAGAGGUACAUAGAUGACUGGAAAGCUGACCCUAGAUGGAGCCUAAAGGCCUUUAUUGAUAAAGUGUAUAGGGAUCUGGGGUUGACAAUUGGUUAUUCUAAGGCUUGGUUCACUAGGGCUAGGGUUAAGCAAAUUUUGUAUGGUGAUGGGGAUAAGCAGUAUGCCAAAGUGUACCAAUAUGCAUUUGCCUUGCUGAAAUACAACCGAGGGUCCACUGCAAUAGUGGUUGUUGAGAACAAUGAACACACAUCAUCCCCACAUUUUGCAAGGAUGAAUGAUUCUCUCUGCAAUUGCAAAGGAUGGAAAAAAAACAACAUCUUCCCAGUAGCAUGGGCUAUUGUAGAGGUUGAGAACACAACAAGUUGGACUUGGUGUUUGGAGCUGCUGAUGAAUGAUACAGGCCACAUUGAUGGUGAUGGGUUGACACUAAUGUCAGAUAGGCAAAAGGGUUUGAUUGAGGCCAUCUCCAUUACUGCACCAAAGGCUGAUGUCAGGUUUUGUGUUAGGCAUAUCUGGGCCAAUUUCAAGAAGAAGUUUGCUGGGACAUUGUUCAAGGAAGCCUUCUGGAAAGCUGCCAAAGCCACCACUCUAGUAAGAUAUUGGAAACCCUACAAUACCUUGUUGUGA